AUGCGUGUCGCCCUGUUUUUGGGCCAAGACUCGCAGGAGCAACAAAGCACGCGUGUGGAAGAUCUACCAUGGUGGAAGUACCAACGGGCGCUGGCCUUGUGGUAUUGCGAGUGGUUGGAUACCUACUACGACAGCGGCGAGCGGCGCUUUUUGUGGCGUGAUGAGCUCACCCAGGGCUUCGACGCCGCCGACCUCACCGAAGUGAAGGACUUGGCUAUGCGCAUGCGAUUGGAGCUGCCAGACCACGACGCGGAGAUCCCGGAUGCGUCCAGCGAUGUCCAGGCACAGAAACUCAAGGAGUCAUCGGAAGGUCCUGGUGACGCCGUCGAAGAUGAUGGCAAUUGGCACGUGGCCGCUUUAGCGGCUGCCGUGGAGGACGACGAGGAACUGCUGUGGCAGGAGGAUGGCCAGGGGAAUCUGACGCAUUGGGCGGCCGAGGUGGGCCGAUUCUUCUUGUGGCAAGAGCACUCGGGAGUGCUCUACGAGUAUGUCCCCGCCAGCGAUACCAGUUUCGCCCGCUGGGUGGCGCGCUGGGCGUUGACGCCUCGGCUGGUCGUCUCUGCGUCCGCGGAGCUUCGGGUGGUGGACGGCCGCGGCCAUGGCUUGUUGCUGGGCUCAGAGGAGCCCUGCUGGCAGUUCUCCUCCCUGCAGCCGCAGCACGCCAGAGUCUUCCGCAAAGGACAGCGCUGGUGGGUCGAGGCGUUGGAUGAUGCGUCGCCCAGCUUGCUGAAUGGACAACGGCUACAGCUCGGCAAACCCAUGGCUCUCCUGUCCUCAGCCCUGCUACGGCUGAACGACGUGGAGCUGCAGCUGGAUCUGCCCGAGACGCCCGGCGCGGCACCUGCCACCGGCCUCGCCGCGACGACCGCGACAGCGACGGCGCCGGUGCUGCAGCGCGACUUCGUGCCGAGGGAAGAGGAGUCGCCAUCUCCGCAGCCCACCGGCACGGCCCACGCCCACGCCCUGAACCGGGCCCUGCGACGCCUGGUCUGCGGCUCCAACACGCAGAGCAAAGCGCUGGAGCGGCCGGACGUCUUGGCGCGGGAGCAGCGCUACGAGGAUCGCGCAGAGAAGCGGCGCCGGCUGCACCCAGUGGAGUGGCCACAGCCCGCGACGCCCGCCGCGACAGCGCCGCAGCCGGCGUUGGCGGCACCGCUGGAGGCCCGUAUGGAGCCGCAGAUCUCCCGGCGUUUCACGGAUGAUGCGCAAGCGAAGGAUUUUUCUGGUUUGAAGCCUGAGAAGGAGCAGAUGAAUGCGUAUGUUGCAGGCCUUGCACCAGUGGGGAUCCCACCAGUGACACCACAGGUGACGCACAUUGGUCCGGAAGGCUUCACCUUUGAGGUGGUGCUUCGCAAGGCUGCCGGAGCCUUCCUGGGCAUCGACAUGUUGCCGGCGCAGAAGACUCCGUGUUUGAUGGUGAAACAGGUUCUCCAGGGCGGCGUGGUGGCUGCAUGGAACCAUCAGUGCAAAGGUAGUGCCUUUGCCAUUCAUCCAGGUGACUACAUUAUUCGUGUGAAUGAUGUGAUGGACGAUAUCACUGCCUUUAUGGAGGAGAUGCGCGCGCAGUCAGAGCUGCACCUCACUAUUCUGAGGCGCGAUGGCACUGGCCCACCCGCGCCCCCGCCAGCAGUGCCGGCAGUGCCAGAUGCCAAGCGCCUUGGCAUGCACCCGAGCCUAGCGAGGCCCCUUGGUGGAGGUGCUCCGUUGCCUGCCAGUCUGCCGAGGCCCCCACAACCUGGAUUCAAGGCGGGAAUGCCCGGCUAUGAACAGAUGGACCUUCGUGGCGCUGCUUGGCGAGAUGAGGCGUCCAACGAUGAAUUUACCUUCGAGGUGGAGAUUGAAAAGCCUCGAGGGCACAAGCUUGGGAUCGAUGUCAUGCUCAUGACGGGUGGUGGUCGAUGUGGCCUGCUCAUCGGACAGGUGGCCGUGGGAGGCUACGCACACCUUUGGAAUCAGCGGAGCCAAUGGCCCCGACAGAUCCAAAAGAAUGACCUCAUCAUCGCAGCCAACGGCAUCAGCGCGUGGACAGAUCUCCCGAGGAUGGCGCAAGAGUUUGACAUGGACAUUUGCAGAGUGCUUCCGGCCCUGCUUCGCAACCAGAUGCAGAGAACUCCGCUGGUUGUGGGACAGCUGAACAGCUGUGGUGAAACUGCCCAAAGUUCGAACGGCUACCAGGCGAAGACGCGAAAAGCUGCAGAGGAUGAGGUCACUGCGUGUGAUGGAAUCUCAGAGGCAGCAUCCUUUGAGGAUGAGGAGCCUCAGUUCCUGCAAAACAACAAGGAGGCAGCCCUCCAGGCAGUUCGCAAGAACGGUUACUCCUUGGGUUUUGUCUCAAGACAGCUGCAGAAUGAUCCAGAGGUGGUCCUGGCAGCGGUGCAGCACAACGGCCUGGCGCUGGAGAAGGCAUCCCCAGCCCUGCGAAAUGACAAGGAGAUCGUCCUGGCUGCGGUGACGCGAAGCCCUUGGGCCCUCGAGUUUGCUUCCCAGGAGAUGCAAGACGAUCGUGAUGUUGUGGUCGCAGCAUGUCUGAAGGAUGGUAAUGCUCUGCAGUUCGCUUCCCAGGAGCUGCGGCGGAACAGCGAGCUGUUGAUCGAUUUGGCUGCAAGACAUGCCGAAUGCCUCAAAUGGGCUGGUCAAGAAUUGAUGUACAGCAAACGCUUUUGGGUGCAGGUGGUGAAGCGCGACGGGCGCGCGCUGCGCUACGCGCCGCCGGUCUUCCGUAAGGAUCGGGACGUGGCCAUCUUUGCGUUACGGAAGUACGGCCUUGUGUUGAGUUGCCUCUCGGAAGAGUUGCGCGACGACGAACGUGUGGUGAAAGCCGCUGUGGCGCGGCAUGGCGCCGCACUUCAGUUCGCCUCGUUGCGGUUGCGGCGCAGCAAGGAGAUUGUGAUGGAAGCAGUCUUGCAGAAUGCCUCGUCGCUGAGGUACGCGGCCCCGGAGUACCGCACCGAUCCGGAGGCCAUGGCGGCCCAUGGCUUCUCCGAGGAGAGGGCCAAGAAUGGCAAAUAGGCGAGUGGCCACGCAAUGAUUCUCCUGUCAGUUUCACCAGAGGAUAAACCGUUUGCACAGCUGCUCAGCAUGACAAAGUCAGCUGAAAAGACGACCGGGUCUCCGCGC